AUGGAUAUAGAAAAUAACAUGUCAAGUGGGAAAUACUAGCCCCACCCUGAAAGUAUUCCUGUUAACAUUCACACAUUUGGGUUUGGUGGAGUUAGAUAUGAUAAUAUUAUCUUGCUAAGUGAGGAUGAAGCCUUAAUUCCAGCAGGUGUAUGCAUGGCAAAAUGGGAUAUAAAAAGAGGUAGAAGAAUUGGGUUAGUGCAAACAAAUAAUGACUCUAUUUUUGUUUUACUUGAAUGCGGAAUGUACAUCAUAAGUAUCUCUUAUAGUGGCUAAGUUAGUAUUCUUGACAGAAAAGGAUUAAAUGUCCUCAGAAAGUUCCAAACAAAAGGUAGAAUAGUCCGUCACGCUAGUGUCAACAACUAAUAUUUAAGUAUUUCUUGUGAAGAGUAUAAAGAUUAGAAAGGUAUAACCUUAGUUUACCUUUUUGAAGAAUUGAUGAAUAGCCCUACUUAAGAUACUGAGAAAUUUAUUCAUCUUGAAAUAGUCGGACGCUAUCGCUUUGGUACUCUCACUGAAAAUGGGCUGUUGGUUACAUUUUUAGAAAAGCUUGUUCUAAAUGAGCCAAAUAAAGAAUAAAAUGAAAAUUAGUAGAAAAUGCAAGACGAAGGAUAAGAUCAAGCUAAAAAGCAAAAAAAAGGGAAAAAACAUGUUUCAAAACAUCAUCGUAGAUUUUAUGAUUUGAUUUAGUUUGAUUUAAAUACAAAGCAACAGACUCUUUAACAAAGUUGCCCUUAUGUUUGUGAUUUAAUUUCUGGAACUAGUAAUGGAAAUUCAACAGGAUCAUAUUUAUAUUAAGACAGACAUUUAAUCAUCAUAGAUUUACAGUCACUUAAGAUCCUAACCUUCACCAACAUAGGAGGAGGUAAAGGUAGUAUUAUGACUUUGACAUAUACAGAUAAAAGCACUCUACUUUUAUCACCUGCAAGCAAUUAUUUACUCUAUAUCGAUUGCAAUAGAUUGCAAGAGAAAGAGUUACCUAAUGAACUAAUUGGCAAUAAGGAAGGUUAAUUUGAUGGAUAUUCAGUGCAGGUACUUAAAUCUCGCGCUGCUCAUCCAGAAAAUUACUAUAUUAAAUUAUUUAACAAUUUUUUGUUUGCUUCAAAUGAAGGUGGCUUUAUUUAAUAAAAUUUACAGAAUUUAAAAGAUUGUCGCACAAUUUCAGGAAUGAAUAUAACUUGCUGUGGGUUGGCAACAAAUCCAACAGAGUAAAUGGUAGCAGUUGGAGAUUUUUUAGGUAAUGUUUAUAUUUAUCCUGCCUAUAUCUGUGUUGAUAAUGAUGCUCUAUUCUAGACAAGUGUGCUAAGUGGAAUAAGAUCUCUUGAUUGGGAUGAUAGUGGAAUGUCUAUUGCAAUAGGUACUAUGGAAGGCUCCAUCUAUAGAUGGUAUUUUUAAGAUUAUACAACUUAGCCAUAACUUAUUGCAAAUCUUAAAGGUUCAAUUACCAGCCUGCGUUUUAAGCAAGAUAAUGAAAAUUAGUAUUUACUUGCAGCAACUACUGAAGGUCAAUUUGCUAUUUUCCAAGAUAACUUUGGAUAAAACAUGAUUACAAAAACUGUAUUCUAUGGUCAUAUGCCAUAAGAUUCUUCAGAUAGAUUUGGAUCAUUAGAUAUUUUUGCAGAAAUAUGGUCUUGUAUAUGGAAUUGUAACAAUUCAAACUAAAUUGCUACUUGCAGUGAAGAUCAAACAGUUCAUAUAUUUGAUCUUAAACACAAACAACCUUUGCAAACUCAUGAAUUAAAAGGACAUACACUUGCAGUUACCUCAGUUGACUGGAAAAAAAUGAAUGAAGCUUUGGGAGAAGUAUUUAUUUCUUGUUCUGAUGAUUAAACAAUUAGAGUAUACAACCCAUUAAAUAAUUUUGAACUUAUCCAUGAAUUCAGUACUUCUUUCGUAAGAGAAUGGCAUACUUUGACAUAUCUAGCUUUGGAAGAUGGUGGAACAAGAGUGGCUAUAGGCUCUUAAAAUGGAUAUUUCUUUAUUUACGACUUACUUGAAAAGUAAUUUAAAUAUUCAGAAAAAAUUCACAUGGGAGGAAUUGAGGGAUUAGUUUGGAAGAAGACAAAAAUUUUUACUUGCUCUAGUGAUUGCUGUGUAAACGUCAUUUAAGUUUGA